UUUUUCUUAUUCCAGCGAUAUAUAAAUCCAUCCAGAGAACAACUUUUACCUGAACCUCUACAGCCGCCAUAUUACCAGCCCCCAUACACACUAGUCAUGGAAAUUACUGGCGUCCUUCUACAUCCAGAAUGGACAUAUGAGACUGGAUGGCGAUUUAAAAAGAGACCGGGUGUCGAUUAUUUCUUCUCCAAAGUUUGUCCGCCCCUGUUUGAGGUUGUAAUAUUUACAUCAGAAGGUGGAAUGAACGCUGAUCCACUUGUGAACAACUUAGAUCCUCAUGGAGCUGUCAUGUAUCGUCUAUAUCGGGACUCCACCAAAUAUGUCAAUGGUCAUCAUGUCAAGGACCUGUCCUACCUGAACCGCGACCUUUCCAAGGUCAUCAUGAUAGACUGCAAUGAAAAGUCAUUCCAGUUUCAUGCUAGAAAUGGCCUCAAGCUUAAGAAGUGGACUGGAGAUAAUGACGACAAAACACUUAUAGACCUCGCUAACUUUUUACAAGAAUAUUUCAGUCUUUGUCUACAUUUGUUACAAAAACUUCGGUUUUGUCCUUUUCCACAAAGGGGUUCUUGA